AUGGCGUCCACUCCUAAGAUCAACAUUCCUCUGCCACCGGACCCUGGUGAAAAACCCCUUGGAAAUGAAGCAUAUUUUUCUACAGUGCCAAUCCAUGUUGUCACCCGUGCAUCUCAACUUCCUGCAGAAUUUCUGCAGCCUUCACAUGAGAGGCAACUGGUCAUUGGCUUUGAUUGUGAGGGGGUUGAUCUCUGUCGAGACGGGACUCUUUGUAUUAUUCAGCUUGCCUUUCCAGAUGCGAUAUAUCUGGUUGAUGCCAUUGAGGGUGGAGAUACACUGGUGAAAGCCUGUAAGCCAGCACUUGAAUCAAGUUACAUCACUAAAGUUAUUCAUGACUGCAAAAGGGAUAGUGAGGCAUUGUACUUUCAAUUUGGCAUUAAGUUGCAUAAUGUUGUGGACACCCAGCAGAUUGCUUAUUCUCUGAUCAAGGAGCAAGAGGGACAUAAAAGAGUUCCAGAUGACUACAUAUCAUUUGUUGGCCUGCUUGCUGACCCUCGAUUUGGUGGCAUUUCAUAUGUUGAGAAGGAAGAAGUCCGCAUCCGCCUGAGGCAGGAUCCCAACUUCUGGACCUAUAGGCCAUUGUCUGAACUAAUGAUCCGUGCAGCUGCAGAUGAUGUCCGUUUUCUUCUGUUUAUUUAUCACAAGAUGGUGGAGAAACUAAAUGAGAGAUCCUUAUGGUAUCUUGCUGUUCGUGGUGCACUUUAUUGUCGUUGUUUUUGUACCAAUGACAGUAAUUUUGCAGAUUGGCCCGCACUACCUCCAGUUCCAGAAAAUCUGAUUGCUGAUGAGAAUGCCCCAGAGGAAGAAAACCUGUAUGUCCUCGAUAUUCCCCGUGGAAAAAUGGGAUGUGUUAUUGGAAAACGAGGAGCUAAUAUCUUGUCUGUAAAGGAAUCGUGCAGUGCUGAAAUAUUUUUCGGAGGUGACAAGGGUCCCCCUGACAAGGUCUUCAUUAUUGGCCCUGUUAAGCAAGUUAGAAAAGCCGCAGCCAUGCUAAGGGGCAGAAUGCUGCAAAUAUACUAG